AUGACUGUACAAACAAACAUCAGAAAGAUUUGGGCGCAGUUUUUAAAUAAUGUAUUUUUCUCAAGAUGUCUUGGAUUAUUGGAGGAUUGCUUUUGCAUAAUGCUUCUUAUUCAAUUGUUGGCUCAUAGUAUCCUUUUUUGUCUUCAGGGUUAUAGAUUGAUACAAUUUCUAACAUUACAACAAACAAAAUCACUUUUUAUGGAAGAAAUGUUUGUUGUUGAAUAUCUCAUUUAUGUUUUAUCUAUUUCAUACAUCUACUGUUAUGUAUCAGAGGCACUUGAAAAUGAGAGCAUUACACUUGGACAGUCUGUGUAUAAUUGCAAAUGGUUUUAUUUACCACCAAAAAAAAUGAGAAAUUUAAUGAUUAUUAUUCAACGUUGCCGAAAACCUGCACAAUUAACAGCGGCAAAAUUUUGUGUUAUGAACAUGCAAAAAUUUGGAAACGUAAAGAAAAAUAAAUUAUUUUUUGAAUUUACAAAUUUUAAAAACAUCAAUUGAAUACUAUUAUACUGACAAUUAUUUGUAUUUACUUUUGAAUACCAUGAGACAGUAAACU